AUGGGGAGAUUUCAUCUCCGUAUUUCUCCUCCCUUUCCCUUCCCACCGUCUCCAGAGGCCCCCAUCUCCCCUCGUAGGAUCCACCUGCUCACGCGCACAACCCUAAUUAGACACCGGGAAUAUGCAAGUCGACAUCUGGAUAUCGCAGCAUCUUACGACCACCAAAACAGACCGCAUCAUCCGUUCCGCGCACGCAGUAUCUCGCUCCAGCUCGAAAUCAUGUUCUCGCUGGCCAACAUGCCCGACAUCGAGGCCCUGGGCGCCUCCGAGGCCCUCGACUGCCUGGCACAACAGCUGCAAAACCUCCUGGACCUGGCGGACAAUGUGGGCCGCAAAUACGACGAGGACGCGCUGGCACGAGUUGCGCGCAAACGCAAGCCGGAAGAGCCACCGUGCGAAGCCGACCACGUGAAGAAACAGGAACCAGCAGCCCCCUCAGCGCCUUCUAAUAGCUACGGAGACGAGGGACACCCCGAGCUGGCGUUUGAAAACAUGAACGCCAGACAGGUGAUUGGAGACCAUGCGGUGGACCUGACGGACCUAGCAGGAGUCCAGUCGCCGGUGGUUGGCGGACCAGAAGGCGGAUCACCCGAACAACAGCAACAACAACAGCAACAAUCUUUUCAGCAACAACAACAGCAGCAGCAGCAGCAGCAGCCAGAACUGUCUCCAAGAGUCACAGCGUACCUCAACAUUGCCCGAACCAUCUCAGAUAUGGUCGAGAUGGAGGCCGCGGCAGCAACCAUGCCCAAAAAAACACCCACUUCACAUUUACAGACCCAGGAACGGGACAGCCUGACCCGCACGUCAUCCACCACCUCGUUAACUACCCUUCUCACUACCCGUGGAGAAAACGACGAGCCCAGUCUAGUCCAGGCCCAGAAGCUGUCUAUUGCUAAACGUUUCUUUCUCAAAAACCCCCCGCCUCUGACAAUCGCACAGUACCUGCAACGCAUCCACAAGUAUUGUCCUCUGUCCUCUUCCACCUACAUGGCCGCAGGACAUUACAUUUACAAAAUCUGUAUCAAGCAUCACAGCGUGCCCUUCAUUCCGGAAAACGCACAUCGAAUGGUUCUGGCAGCUCUUCGCAUCGCGUGCAAGGUCAUCGAAGACCUCACGUACCCACACAAGCGGUUUUCCAUGGCCGGAGGAGUGUCCAAGCUCGAUCUCUUCAAGCUGGAAAUUGCAUUUCUGUUUCUCCUCGACUUUGACAUCAAGAUCGAUGCCCCCGUGCUCAACAGACACAGGCAGAAAAUGGUUUUUAUCCAGCGAGCCCGAGACUCGAUUGUGGGCGAGAUGGACGUUGAUCAGAACUAA